AUGUCUACUGCCAUCGAAUCAAACAGCUCUUCGCCCAAGAUGAGCACUUCAAGCUCGUCUUGUUCUAUUCAAGACUUCACUGCACCCGAAGCAACCCAAUCCUCACCUAUCUUGCGCCUCAAGAAUCACUGGAAAAAUGUGAAGAAGGAGUGGGGUCCCCUGAUGGCGGCAAAGGACCACCUUUACGACGAAUACACUUUCCCACCCGGCCGUUAUGCUGGUCAGGGACUUCAAAAAUAA